GGGGAGGCUGCGCCUGCGCCCCCGAGUGCGGGGUUUUCCUAGCUUGUCGGGCUUCCCAGCGCCUCUGGUUGUGUUUUUGUUCAAGUCUUCAGCAGCAUCAAAAAUGGCAUCCCAAGAGGAAAUACUACGUGAUGGGCGAUUUAGCCGUGUUACUAGGGAUCCCAGAUUCUGGGAAAUACCAGAAGAAGAUUAUAAAGUGAAGAUUGAUAAACGAUUUCGAGCUAUGUUUCAUGACAAGAAGUUCAAACUGAAAUAUACUGUGGAUAAAAGAGGUCGUCCUGUGAACUUUAGCUCCGUAGAGAACCUCAGAAACUUUUAUGCCCUGUCAGAUUCUGACUCUGAGCUUUCGGAAAAUGAUAGUAAAGUACAUACUGAAAAGAAAACAAAGAAAAAAAAAGCUAAGCCUAAAGGAAAAGUAGAUUCUGCAAAACCAUUUGCUGGUGGUCUCCCUAGAGAGGAGAAAAAAAUAAACAAAGAAGGGGUGGACCAAAGAUGUAAAGCUAUGCCCAAAUUAGAUGACCAUCAGAGUGAAAGACAGAAAAUUGCAUCUAAAGUCAAGUUGAAAGACGACUGUAAGAAAACCACGAUGGGAACUGAUCACUCAAAGGGAAACAGAGGCCUCAGAGGCAAAGAGGAAAGUAAACAAGGAGAUGCAUCAAGAGGAAGACUACGUUCAGUUCAAAAUGAAGAAAAGACUUCACAACCAAGUGGUACCAAAUCAGUGAAGGCUUCUAGGUUGGAACGUUCCCUAGGAGGGAAAGUAAAAGAAAGAGUGACUCUGUGCACAGCCACUUGCGAUCAAAGCGACAUCAAUAAAAGUCAACUAGACGAAGAAAUUUCUGAAAGUGAGAACUAUUUUGAGUAUGCAGAAUCUGAAGAAGAGGAGCUGGAAGAUGAUAGGGAAGCAGAUGAGGAGGAGGAAUCAGAAGAUGAUGGGGAAACAGACGAGGAGGACAGUGAUUCAGAAGAUGAUGAAGAAAGUGAUAUUGGGCCUGAUCUAGCUAGGGGCAGAGGGAAUAUUGAAACGAGCUCUGAUGAUGAUGAGGAUUUCAGUGACCUAUUUCCAAAGGAGCCAGAGAUUGAACAUUCAUGGGGUGAGCUAGAUAAAGAUGCCCCUCGUGGAGAUGAGAUUACAAGUAGAUUGGCAGUUUGUAAUAUGGAUUGGGAUAGGCUGAAGGCUAAGGACUUGCUGGCUCUAUUUAACUCUUUCACGCCCAAAGGAGGUGUUAUAUUUUCUGUUAAGAUUUAUCCUUCAGAGUUUGGAAAAGAAAGAUUGAAAGAGGAAGAACUCCAAGGACCUGCAGAACUAUUUGAUCUUCCAGAGAAUACCACAGAGAAAGACGGGCUUUAUAAGGAAAAACUGAGAGAAUAUCAAUUUAAGCGACUGAAGUACUUCUAUGCAGUAAUAGAAUGUGAUUCUCCUGAAACGGCCAAUAAAAUUUAUGAGGAGUGUGAUGGAUUGGAAUUUGAAAGUAGCUGUUCUUUUAUAGACCUGAGAUUUAUUCCAGAUAACGUUACGUUUGAUGAUAAGCCAAAAGAUGUAGCCUCAGAAGUGAAUGUAGCUGCGUAUAAGCCAAAGUACUUUACAUCUGCUGGUAUGGUAACAUCAAAGAUAGAUAUCACAUGGGAUGAAACAGAUCAUGAAAGAGUAACAUCGCUUAGCAGAACUUUUAACAAAGAGGAACUUCUUGACAUGGAUUUUCAAGCUUAUUUGGCUUCAUCCAGUGAAGAAGAGGAAGAACAGGAGCAAGGUGGUGAUGUAGCUCGUGAAAUGGAAGAUGACAAACCCAAGAAAAGCCAAAAAGAUGAUGAAGAGCAAAUUGCUAAGUACAGAGAACUUUUAAAAAGUAUCCAAGAAAAGGAGAAAAAACAGGAAGAUGAUGAUAUAGAAAUGGAGGUUAAAUGGGUUCCAGGCCUCAAAGAAACUGCUGAAGAAAUGGUCAAAAACCGUUUGGAAGGAAAGGACAAGCUAACUCCAUGGCAAAAAUAUUUAGAGAAAAAGAAAGAAAAACGAAAUCUUAAAAAAAAAAGAAAGGCUACUGCUGAGAGAGAAUUGAGUGGAGAUGAACUUCCAUCUGAUGUUGAUCUCAGUGACCCAUACUUUGCUGAAGAGCUUGGGGAAACAGAUUUAAAGAAGAAAGCAAAAUCAGUUGAAAGUGCUCCAGAAGCUGAAGCUGAAGUUGAAAACCAGAAGGCUGAAAUUGCCCUACUUAUGAUGGACAACGAGGAUGAUGGCAGAAAGCAUUUUAAUUAUAAAAAGAUAGUCGAACAACAGAAUUUGAGCAAGAAGAAAAAGAAACUCUUAAUGAAAAAGAAAGAAUUAUUAGAAGAUGACUUCCAGGUGAAUGUUGCCGAUACAAGAUUCCAAGCCAUGUUUACUUCCCCCCUAUUUAAUUUGGAUCCUUCAGAUCCAAAUUUCAAGAAGACAAAAGCAGUAGAAAAGAUCUUGGAAGAGAAAGCUCGCCGAAGAGAACAAAAGCAGCAAGAUCUUCAGGAGGCGAGCAAAGGACUGGAGAACAAGAUGGAAAAGAUGGGAGAGGUGGAGGUGGCAAAGAUGGAGAGAAAGGAGAAGAAAUCCAUAGAUCCUGCCUUAUCCAUGCUAAUAAAAUCUGUCAAAAAUAAAACCGAACAAUUUCAGGCAAGGAAGAAGCAGAAAGUCAAAUAACUGAACUUUUAUUUUUUACUUUAGUAAGAGACUUUACUUUAGUCUGUGCUUUUCUAACUAGCAACGUCUAUUAAAAUUGUUACAGCAUGCUCUGGUUCCUACAAACCAAAAUUUUCCUGAAAAGUUGCUUAAUUCUUGUGGCAAUUUUUGAAGUAACUAGAGUCAUGAUAACUCUUUCCUUGUGCCCCAACAAACACCUUUUUCUUUUUCUUUUUUUUUUUUUUAUUUAAACUCAUUGAAAAACUGCUCCUGGAACUCUUAAGUUUAAGUAUAAAAUUGAUGCUUUUGGAGCUGUUUAUUUUGUAUUAUGCUGUCACUCAAACAUACUGGAAGUGCUGAAGAUGGCUACAAAAAGUCAUCAUAAUUAUGGCGGUAUUUAUAAUAUAAGAAAAAUAUUAUUGCAGAGGUUUAGAGUAGACUUAAUUGUUUGAGAAGAUCUGUCUUAAAAUAUUUUUAAUUCUGCAGGAGUGUGUAAACAUUUGUCUGACAAAGAAGGUAGUAAUAUCACUAAAAAUAAAAAUUGAAGAAAUUUUUAUACAAGUGUUUUGCAUGUUUUAAAAUGAUUACAUAAUCUCUACUUCUUUAAUUUUACCUUUAAAUAAAUGAAGAGUUAUGGAUCAUGGUAGAAAUAGUUAAUGGAAGGGGUGCAAUUUAGAACAGUUUCAUUAAUAGAUAUUCAAAAUAAAUGAUUAAAAAUGGCCUGAAGUAGUUUGGGGCACUUACCUGUAUUAUUUGCUUCUGAACCUAAA